AUGUCGAAGCCAGUGAUUCAUUACUUUCCUAUUCGCGGACGCGCUGAGGUGCUGCGCCUUGCUAUCGUUGCCGGUGGCGAUGACUUUGACACCGUGGACGUGAACUACGCUGAGCAAAAGGGUGAUCGGGAGAAGUACCCGUUUGGCCAGUGUCCCAGGCUUGUAGACGGCGAUAUUGACUUGGUACAGUCAAACACUAUUGCGCGGUACCUGGCACGCAAGUAUAACCUUCAGGGCAAAACCGAGAAGGAGAUUUGUGCUGUGGACAUGAUCAUGGAGGGCGUGGAGUCCUUGCGUGUAAAAUACGUCAACCUGGUUUACAACGACCAGCUGGCUGACGCCGCCAAGGAGGCGUACUGGAAGACUUACUUCGACAAGGAGACCACCACCGGGAGGAAUGGCGAGUGUGGGGAAUCAGGGGGAGGCGGUGCACACAUUCAGUACCUGACCAACUUCUUGGUCAAGAACGGCGGCCAGUACUGCGUGGGCGACUCGCUCACCAUCGCCGACCUAUGCCUCUGGGAGAUUGUGGAUUUGCAUAUGCGCAUUUUCGGGGACCAGAUUCAGGAAACGUACCCGGAGCUGGUUUCCUUCCAGUCGUUCAUCUCCGAGCUACCCGGCAUCAAGGAGUACCUGGCGGGACCCAAGAGGCUGUCCGAGCCCAACGCGAACAAGCUGGGCUGA